GUCACUGUCAAAAACAGCUGUUUAAUAUACAUCAACAAACAAAUUAACUAAGAAGAAUGAAUAAAAAGACUGUUUUUCUGUACAUUAACGGCAAAACCACAAACAUUACGACCACAAUUAAACCCUCAAGCUUAGAUCAACUGCUAGAAGCGGCUUUCACUAAAUUAAGCAUCAAACCUCAAAAAAUAUUCCUUGAAGAUGGGUCCGAACUAACCGAUAUCGCCCAACUCAGAAACAACGAUAAGCUUUAUUUCUCCGAAGGGGAAGAAUUCAAACCACCUCCUGCUAAAGUGGAUCGUAAUUCCGACUGGGUAACUUUAAAUGUGGGUGGAAAAUGUUUCACUACUUCGAAACGAACUUUGACUACCAGCGAACCGACGAGCAUGCUGGCAAGAAUGUUUUCCGAUGAUACUGAAGGUUACCUAUCACCCAGUAGUCUAGAUCAAAACGGGGCUUACUUAAUAGACCGAACUCCCACGUACUUUGAGCCCCUACUCAAUUACCUGCGUUGCGGUCAAUUAAUAUACGACAAAAACGUGAACCCCGAAGGGAUAUUGGAAGAAGCGAAAUUUUUUGGAAUAGAAUCAGUUAUACCUUUACUAGAGCAAGUCAUUACAAAAGAGAAAGUAAAUAAAGACAACUUACCGUUGAAUCGCAGGGAUGUUAUAGAUGCACUAAUAAAAAGUCCGCACUCUGCAGAACUACGAUUUCAAGGAGUUAAUUUGGCUGGAUCGGACCUAAGCAGAUUGGAUUUGAGGAAUAUCAAUUUCAAAUACGCCAAUUUGCAGAUGUGCAAUCUGAUGAGCUCGAAUUUGAGUUGGUGCUGCUUAGAAAGGGCCGACUUAUCGUUCGCAGUGCUCGAUUCUGCGCAAUUAUUGGGAGUCAAAUCGUUGUGUGCGAACUUUAAGGGUGUUUCGAUGAAGAAUUGCAACUUCAAAGAUCCGGCUGGCAGUCGAGCCAACAUGGAAGGGGUUAAUCUUCGAGGGGCCAUUCUCGAGGGUAGCGACAUGGGUGGGGUGAAUCUGAGGGUAGCCAAUCUGAAAAACGCCAAUUUGAAAAAUUGCGAUUUAAGAGCUGCUGUGCUAGCGGGGGCUAAUCUAGAGAAUUGCGAUUUAUCUGGAAGCGAUUUGCAAGAGGCCAACUUAAGGGGCGCUAAUCUGAAAGAUGCGGCGUUCGAAUUAAUGCUAACGCCAUUGCACAUGUCCCAAACAGUUCGUUAAUUAUUAACAGCACAUUACUAAACAUAAUUAAUGAGGGAUUUGAGUGAGAAUUCAUUUUAUAUGUUAUCAUUUUUGUCACAGUAUCAUUAGUACGUCAAUUGAAUGGUAAAUUCUGUAAAUAUUUUAUUGUUUUGUCCAGUUUCAUCAAUGUGAUAUGUAUUGUACAAGGUUAGUUAAUCACAAUAUUUAUAAGUAACU